AUGGUUCGUUCUAACUCAACAAAAAGCAGCCAAGGAGCCUUUAUAGAGGGCACAUUAGAGUUGGAUUCCGGAUUGAAAAUCAGUUAUGUGGCACCGGCACAUGCAGCAUCAAUAAAGGAAAAUUCAUCGAUUGAGAAAAAUGUUUCACGUAAAACAAGCUUUAUAGAAGGAAGUGAUCCACGGGAAGAAUGGGAAGGCGUUUUUGAGAUGUGUUACGCGCUGGAUCAUGCUGUACGAUUUGAAACGGAUGAUUUAGUGAAGGGGCGGAAAGUUCUGGAGAUUGGGUUUUGUACAGCUCUUCCAUCAGUCUUUGCCGCAAAAAAUGGUGCAAAACAUAUCACUUUGCAUAGUAGUGACAGUGAAGUGAUGGAAUCGUGCGUGAAGCCGACACUUUCUCGGAACAAAAUCAAAAAUGUGCAACACAGAACCCUUUGCAGCUCUUUGGAAGAUCUUCGAAAAUUGAUAAAACCGAAUGAAUUUGAGGUUAUCAUUGCUGUGGAACUUUUUAACAGCGAGAAAAAUCGGUUUGAGGAAAUUCAUGAUUUCACGGACUAUGCACUGGCCAAUGAUGGUGUUUGCUUGCUGGAAUCUCGAAUGUUCUACAUCAAUUGUGAAAGCAGUUUGCAUGAAUUUUUGGAUCUGGUAAAGUCGAAGGGAAAAUUCGAUGUUUAUACCCGUUGGUCGACCCCAAAAUCAGAAAUUAUUCAGCGAAAAGUAAUCCAGUUGACUCGAACUGUAAGAUGA